CGAGAGCGGGAGUGUCACUGAAUAGCGGGGUCUCACUGUACAUCUUAACCCCUUCCAGCAUACGUAAAGAGAUUAUCACUUUCAAACUUCUGAUUAGAUAAGUAAAAUGGAGAACAGUUACUCAAGAUGGUACUUUUCCACGUUCUACAGUCUGGCGCUUGCUGUUACCCACUCCCCGCGCGGCAGCGCUUCCAAUUUAAUAUCAAGAGCUGAACAAGUUAUUCCUUUCAAGAACAAAUUUUUUUUUCUCUCACCGUUUUUACAGUGACCUUGAGCAAAAAAUGGUCCCACAGGAGGUCACUUGGCAGCCCCUGUCUGUUGACCUGGAGUGGGGGAAACUGUCAGGCAAGAUUGGUAUUAUUGGCAGCAAGGAUUCCAUAAGCAGCCUGAGAAUCCUUGGUGUGCACGGCUGGCUGGACAAUGCCAACUCCUUUGACACGCUUGCUCCCUUCCUGCCAAGAGGGACAGAACUGCUGGCACUGGAUCUGCCCGGACAUGGACACUCAGACCACCUGCCCAUUGGUGCACACUAUGAUAUACUUUCAUAUGUCCUUAACUUAAAGAAAGCAGUGGUUAAAUGUGGGUGGGACAAAUUUAUCCUCAUCGGUCAUAGUAUGGGUGCAUGUGUAAGUAAUAUAUUUACGUCUUUCUUCCCUGAGCACGUGACAGCCCUUGUCAGUCUGGAUUACAUUGGGGUACGAGACCUGUCUCUUGCUACCAUUCAGAAGCACAUCUUUGUGUUGUUCAAGGGAGAGGAACUGAGGAAACAAAAGCCUGUUGUGUAUAGUGAAGAGCAGGCAAUAGAACGUUUGAUCAAAGCAAGAACAAACUUGGGGAUUAAUGCAGCUAUUGACAGAGAUGCAGCAUAUGUCCUCCUGCCCAGAUCUGCGCAGCAAGUGGAAGGUGGAUACGUGUGGACUCAUGAUCCUCGGGCCCGGGCAAACUUCCAGGGGAUGUAUGGCAAGUCAUGGCACACAUACAUAUCCCAAAUCAAAUGCCCUGUUUUGAUUGUCACAGCCAACCAUGGAUUAUUCACCAGUGCUGUGCAGGAAGCCUUUGAGGAGAUCCUUGAUGUGUACCGCAGUAAUGCCAAGUGGUUUGACGUGGUGGCAGUGGACGGCUCACACCACGUGCACCUCACACACCCCAAGAGAGUAGCUGAGCCUCUCAUAGCCUUCCUUCACAGAGUGGUUAAGGAGACUGCUCCUGUCCCACCUCUCCCAGCAAGAUUAUGAUCUCUGUCUGGGAGUGUUGCAUGUGACAAACAUCUGUCUAUCUAACUAUUUAUUUAUGAACUUGUUGUGGGACCAGCAGCUCAAGAGUCAUGGUGAGAAAGUGAGCUGCUUGAAACCAAAUUGUAUUAACAUUACUUUAUUUAUAUUUAGGGAUCAAUAAUGUCCAAUUUGCUAAUCAAUCAAUAUGUUAAGUUGGUUAUGCAUGACUGUAUGUAAUAUAUAUAUAUAUAUAUAUAUAUAUAUAUAUAUAUAUAUAUAUAUAUAUAUAUAUAUAUAUAUAUAUAUAUAUAUAAUUAUUUAUAUACAAAGUGCUGGUUAUUUAUUGCGUAGGACUUUUCCUCUACCUGGUGCUGUACAAUUAUACUAUUUUCUUUUCUUUGACAAAUCACCCCAGAUACUUCUUGUUUGUGAAGUGUAUUACGUAUCUAUAUUUAUGUCUCAAUGACAAUACGUGUAGUAUGUGUGUUUGCUUUGGCUGUGAUCAGUAAAGUAAGUCACACAGUGCAUCCUCCAUAGCCCAUUCCUUAGUAUGUCACACAAAAAUUAUGGAUGGAAUUCAUUUGUCCUCAAAGCACAAUUAUGUUAUCUAUUUUGGUACAAUAUGCAACACUACCAGCAGUGAGGGAGACCUGGCAGCACCUGUGACACAGUGGAGCCAAGGGUGUGACACUGAUCUCCAGGAGUGGUUUAGCCUCCCUGUGUCUGUCACCUUCCAUUGUCAUCCUCCCUGUUUUUAUUUUAUCUGUUUAUUACUAUUUAUUAUUAAACUGUGUGAGCCCAACAUAGGGCAACAUUUUCCUGGUGGUUAGGGCAUCAAGUGGCAUGCCAUGCCGCUCACCCUCGACAUGUCAUUACGGACAGGAUCUCUGGGCUACGGGGUCACACUUCCUGUAUCCACUCUCUCCUGGUGAACAGAAAUUGCAGUGUGAAUGGAAACAAAAUCUUAAAUAUUUGCUUCUCUUUAAGGUAACUUUCUGUACUUCAGGAAAUAAAUUUAUCUCUGAA